UCCAAGUUUGUUUUCUUUCUUUCUUCUUUUCCUGAUAUUAAACGUAAUUUUAUACUUGCUUUUCGGAAUUCUAGAGCUGCGACUUUCGCUUUCUUCUUCCGCUGUAGUUGUUGGUUUUCUUUUUUUCUUUUCCAUAGUUCCUCUUCUUCUCCUUUCGAUCUGUCUGGUGUUUGUAGAAAAUUGAUCGAAUGAGAAUUUAGUAGUCCACCUACGAAGGAGGUCUCAGUGUGUUUAUGAUUAUUUACAAAAUAUAAUUCUAUUGUCACUCAUCAACUAAUCGGAGCGAUUUCGGAAGCUCAUGAUGCUUUUUUCCUUUUUCUUUUUUGUGGGGGUGAGGGGGGAGGAGGUAGGGUAGGUUAAGUGUAGUGUUCUUGUUUUUCUAGUCAAAUAUAGGAAUUAGGAACUACAGUUCUAGAACAUGUUAGGGAAAAUACGCGUUGAAUAAGUCACUACCACUAUUCUGGACUAAGUUCAUAUGUUUUGUUUUAUUUUAUUUCGUCUAGAAAAUUAUUCGAAGAAUUUCUGCAUCUAAUUUGAUGUUUACUGGCUGUGAAAGAUGAAAUUAAUAUCUUCAUGAUAUAAGAACUGUUGGUUAAUUAGCUAAGAUGUCGAUCAACGAUUGACUGGCAACUGUAAAACUAAAAAUGAUUUGAUCUAUUCAAUUGCGUUUAUUGAGGAAGCAUUGUUGCAAUGGGGGUUUAAAUUGGAGAAGGCGCCUGAGUGGCCUGAGUGUGAUCCAUUCAAUUAUCAUGGUUCAUCAUGAGUUACUAGAUCCUUCUCUUUCAAAUCUUUAUGAAACUGCUUGCAAAGUGUUUGUUGGUGUCAGCUGGAUAGCUGGUUGAGAUUCGAGAAGCCUUGAAAAGUUAUUUCGUGGAAGCAAAGGUCCUUUAACCAAUGCACUUAAUAUGAUUUUAUUGUGCUACGAUUGGUUUUUAGCAGUUUGCACCAAAUGGAUCGUUCUUCUUUCUCCCUAUCAGAAAUUUGGUAACACCACCACUUGCUGGAAUUUUUGAACUUUUUUCCUCCUUUACUGAGGAAAUCAGGCAUAUCGACCAAUUGAUUGCUUGAGUAAUAUCAAGAAUGAAGAAAUGGUAUGGUGGUGUUCUGGUUGGGUCUUUGUUUAUGCUUCUGGUUCUGAGAUAUGCCUUGAUGAAAGAUCCUAUUGGGAAAAGUUAUUUGACAACUCCUUUCUCCUCUAAUACUAGUAAUGUUAACCCUCUUGAAUGGCUCAGUGCCUUUUCCCCACCUGCAGUUCAGAAUCCUGUGAAUACUAUACAGGUGAUACCUACCGAAACCAUUAUUUUCGAUCUCUUUGCUCGGAGGAAUAUCUCUAAUGUUGAGCAGAAAUCUCUGCAGACUUGGGACCAUUUGAAACACCUAAUUGAUCAUGCUCAAGGUUUACCUAAUGCAGUAGAGGCCAUUAAGGAAGCUGGAGGUGCUUGGAAUAACCUCAUGGCUUCAGUUGAAGAGGAAAAGCUAAGUACAAAUAAAAGUUCAAAAGGCAGGGCAAAAGAGAAACAGUGUCCCUAUUUUUUAAACAAAAUGAGUGGCACAGAACUUAAUAACAGUGACUAUAAGUUGCAAGUUCCUUGUGGCCUGACUCAAGGUUCUUCCAUUACACUUAUUGGAAUUCCAAAUGGUCUACUUGGAAAUUUUCGAUUCGACUUGACUGGGGAACCACUUCCAGGGGAGCCUGAACCACCUAUAAUUUUGCAUUACAAUGUUAGACUUCAUGGUGAUAAACUAACUGAAGACCCUGUUAUUGUUCAGAACUCCUGGACUGCUGCUCAUGAUUGGGGUGAAGAGGAGCGAUGUCCCUCUCCAAGCCCUGAAAAUGAAAAGAAAGUGGAUGACUUGGCCAAGUGUAACAAGAUAGUGGGUAAGGGUGAUGAGAAGCUUGUCAUGACUGGAAAAUCUACCAAUAGUUCAAGGCGGUCAUCAAUUGUUCAAGAUGGAUCUAAAUCAAGGAAAUACUUCCCUUUUAAGCAAGGUUAUCCAUUUGUUGCCACACUUAGAGUGGGAUCGGAAGGAAUCCAAAUGACCGUUGAUGGGAAGCACAUAACAUCUUUUGCUCAGCGUGAAGCAUUAGAACCAUGGCUCGUCAGUGAAGUAAGAAUUUCUGGAGACUUGAAAUUGGUUUCUGUCCUAGCCAGUGGUCUACCUACAUCAGAAGAUUCAGAGCAUAUAAUGGAUUUGGAAACACUCAAAUCACCUUCUCUCUCCAAAAAAACUGCACUCGAUCUUUUCAUUGGCGUGUUUUCUACUGCAAACAAUUUUAAACGCAGAAUGGCUGUCCGAAGAACGUGGAUGCAGUAUCCAGCAGUACGGUCUGGGGCAGUUGCAGUUCGUUUUCUUGUUGGUCUGCAUAAAAACAAAAUAGUAAAUGAGGAACUGUGGAAUGAGGCGCAAACAUAUGGAGACAUUCAACUGAUGCCCUUUGUCGAUUACUAUAGCCUCAUCACAUGGAAAACUUUAGGAAUUUGCAUCUUUGGGACAGAGGUUGUUUCUGCAAAAUUUGUCAUGAAGACUGAUGAUGAUGCAUUUGUUCGCGUGGAUGAAGUUCUAUCAUCAUUAAAAAGAAUUAGCGCUAGUCGUGGGUUGCUUUAUGGACUCAUAAAUUCAGAUUCUCGGCCUCAUCGAAAUACUGAUAGUAAAUGGUUUAUCAGUCCUGAGGAAUGGCGGGAAGAUACUUACCCACCUUGGGCACAUGGUCCUGGUUAUGUGGUCUCAAGAGACAUAGCAAAUGCUGUCGUCAAAUUGAACAAAAAAGGCCGUUUGAAGAUGUUUAAGCUAGAGGAUGUAGCAAUGGGCAUCUGGAUUGCGGAGAUGAAGAAAGAUGGUCUAAAGGUUCGUUAUGAAAAUGAUGAUAGAAUCUAUAACGAAGGAUGCAAAGAUGAUUAUGUGGUUGCCCAUUACCAGGGCCCAAGAGAAAUGCUUUGCCUCUGGCAAAAACUUCAAGAAGGAAAAGGAGCCAGAUGCUGCGGUGAAAGAUAGGAUAUUAAUACAUUUCACUUUUAACUGGAGCUUUUUUGAGGAAGCUCCACCACUGAGAAAUCUUGGUAAACUAAUCUUUGAGUAGUGAUUAUCUGACCAAGGUUGACCAAAGACAGGAGAGAUGACCACUCUAACUAGAAGGUGAGGAAUCGAUUGUUGUAAUGGGAAGGGUUUACACUAUUGUUACAUAUUAGUAAUAGCACGGUGCUAUUUCAUUUUCUUAUAGAAAGCAUAGAAAGCAUGUCCAAAAAUUUUGCAAAUUUUGUAGGUUAGAGAUUCUUUGGCCUUGUAUAAAUCUUAACAGUAGUUGGAUAUUCCAAAGUAUAUAGUGUCAAUAUCAUAAAAUUGACUACCAUAGUGUAUUUACACAACUCUUUAUCCUCUGUAGUUUUGUUCUGUUGUAUGCUUUUGUUUACCAAGAUUUUAAAAAAACGGAGAUUCAAAAAAGAUUUAAGCUAAAGAAAAGAUUGAAUGUAACUAAAUAUUAGACUUU